ACAUCGCGUGUGAAGGAAAAAAAACAAGAUGGCGUUCCAUCCGUCCGCCGUAAAACCAUAACAAGAAGACAAGGUUGCGUUUGAUGGAGAAUACAUUAUUGUGUAUAUAACACUUCUGUGUUUUAACCAGUGCGUACAUCGUUCAUAAUUAUUUGUAUUCUGAUACCUUAGCUUGAGCGCACUUCGAAGCUCCUCGUGUUAGCUUAGCAUGCUAGUUAGCUUAGCUUGUUAGCUGCUAACAAAGAGACGCGGAAGUCGUCAACACAUCGCUAAGUAGAGAUCAAAUGUGAGUGUAAAGUGUUGUGAUUGCGUGAAAAAUGUGCGAAAGAACGAUAGCAGACUACGCGGAGGAAGAACGUUGUCCAACAAAAGAGGAGAAGGAGCGACAACAUCAACUACUGGACGCUGUUGUCAACAAACAUCAAAUUGUGUUACACAGAACAGAACUCCAGCAGCCCCCCCACAUUAAAGAGGAAGAGGAGGAUCCACAGCCCAUCCACAUUAAAGAGGAAGAGGAGGAAUGUCGGAUCACUCGGGAGGGAGAGUGUCUUCUAGGGCAGGAGGAGGCUGAUCUCACUAAGUUUCCACUGACUGUUGUCUCUGUGAAGACUGAAGAGCAUGAAGACAAACCACCUGAGUCCUCACAGCUUCAUCACAGUCCAAACAUCCAGCAGCUGAUUGGACAUCAAGAAGAACGUGUUCCUCAACUGCAGGGGGGGAGCUUCACUUUAAAGCAGGAGAGUCCACAGCGCCCCCAUUUUAAAGAGGAAGACGAGGAGCCACAGCCCCGCCAUUUUGAAGAGGACAUUAAGGAGUCACAGCCCUCUUGUAUUAAAGAGGAAGAGGAGGAGCCACAACCCACUUUUGUUAAAGAGGAAGAGGAGGAAUGUUGGACCACUCAGGGGGGAGAUUGUCUUCUAGGGCAGGAGGAGGCUGAUCUCACCAAGUUCCCACUGACUGUUGUCUCUGUGAAGACUGAAGAGCAUGAAGAGAAACCACCUGAGUCCUCACAGCUUCAUCACAGUCCAGGUGAGGAGAACAGAAGGGCGGAGCCUCCAAGCAGCAGCUCAACACAACACAUGACAACAGAAGCUGAUGGAGACCACUCUGAAGGAUCACAAGCGGACAACCUUUUAGCUCCACUAUCAGAUAGUGAUGACACGUCGUCACAGGUUAAUGUAAAUAUGGAAUCGCACAUCAGAACACAAACAGGAGAAAAACCUUUUAGUUGUUCAGUUUGUGGUAAAAAAUUCUCUCUCACCAGUAAUAUGAAAUCCCACAUGAGAACGCACACAGGAGAAAAACCGUUCACUUGUAAGGUUUGCGGGAAACGAUUCUCUGACAGAAGUAACAUUCUAACACACAUGAGAACGCACACAGGAGAAAAACCUUUCAAGUGUACAGUUUGUGGUAAAAGGUUCUAUGACAGGAGUAAUAUUCAAACACACAUGAGAACUCACACAGGAGAAAAACCUUUCAGCUGUUCAGCGUGCGCCAAAAGAUUUUCUGUCAAUAGUAGCAUGCAAAGACACAUGAGAACGCACACAGGAGAAAAACCUUACAGUUGUUCGGUGUGCACCAAAAGAUUCUGUGACAAACGGAGCAUGCAUAGACACAUGAGAACGCACACAGGAGAAAAACCGUUCAGCUGUUCAGUGUGCGCUAAAAGAUUCUCUGUCCAUAGUAAUAUGCAAAGACACAUGAAAACGCACACCGGAGAAUAACUUCUCUUUGAAUAGUGACGAAAGGUCUAUUGAAGGGCUUCUCUAAAGUCUGGACUCUGGUCCAGAUUAGCCAGUCAGGACCCAGCCAGUCCACCUUAUUUUAUGAAUUAUAAAUCAUUGUCUGGUUCCCACAAAGUACGAGUCAAAAAUAAAUCGAUAACAGUGUUAAAAUACAUUGUUUUUAGAAAUGAUUCACAGUGAUUUGCAACUUGUCCAACGUUACAUUUCUCAAACAAAAAAUAUAACAAGAACAUCAUUAACAAAAUAUAUACAGUUUUCCUCACAAAUACAAAUUAUAUUGAAUAAAAAAUAUCCAAUAAAACAGGCCAAGAGAAGCAAAUAACUAUUUGCAGCCAGUAUUGGUAGAAUAUAUAAGCAUUGAUAACUCAUGUUAGCUAUUUAAAUCACUAUUAUUUGCUAUCAACACACAAAACUAAUGCGCAUGCACGUCUUACGUAAUGUGCGUAUGUCCUUAAAGGAGAACUGCACUUUUUUUUAUUCACCCUAUUGUUUACAAUCAUGAGAGACAAGAACACAUGUCCUUUUAAAAAUAUAUAUAUUUUUAAGAUGGCAGAAAACAGAUUUGAUAUUGAGAGUCAAUGUUGUAGCCUUCAUAGCCUCUAAAACAACUUUAAAACCCUCUACCAACAUUCUGUCGUAACAGGCCCGUUCAUAACAAUAAGCAAUAUGUACAUUAUUUACCAUAUUUUGGUCAUUUUAAACAGGCAGCACGGUGGUACAGGGGUUAGUGCAUGUGCCUCACAAUACGAAGGUCCUGAGUAGUCCUGAGUUCAAUCCCGGGCUCGGGAUCUUUCUGUGUGGAGUUUGCAUGUUCUCCCCGUGACUGCGUGGGUUCCCUCCGGGUACUCCGGCUUCCUCCCACCUCCAAAAAACACGCACCUGGGGAUAAGUUGAUUGGUAACACUAAAUUGGCCCUAGUGUGUGAAUGUUGUCUGUCUAUCUGUGUUGGCCCUGCGAUGAGGUGGCGACUUGUCCAGGGUGUACCCCGCCUUGCGCCCGAAUGCAGCUGAGAUAGGCUCCAGCACCCCCCGCGACCCCAAAAGGGACAAGCGGUAGAAAAUGGAUGGUCAUUUUAAUCAAUACCGAGACUUCCUUCCCCGAUUUAUUUCCAUUUCCACAGCAGCGCACUUCCGACUUCCGGCAACAAAUGUGUUCCCACUUCCUGAAACAAACGCGAGUGUAUUCUAAUCAUGGCAGACUCGGUAACAGACUACGAAGAUGACUAUUUUUGGACAAACGAGCAAACACUACCUUAUCUUUUUGUAGCUGAAUAUACGGAGGAUGAACUGCUGCUUAUAAAAGCGAGCGCGAAGAAGACGGAGCAGACGGAAGCUGAGAGAAUGAGGUCGAUGCGACUUGGUCAUGUUGCAAAUCUAGAACUUUGAGGCAAGCUAUGCCAAAUUAAGGGAGUGCUUACCCAAAGCAACUGGAAACGUGCUCGGAAAGUAUGUAUUUUUAGGUGAAACAGAAACUAAGAGAGUUAAAAGGAUAAUUGCGCCUGUUGAAAGGGAGACAAAAUAAACUGUUUCAGUUUGUUUACUUUGCUUAAACGUACACAUGUUCAAUACUAACGUACACAAUGUAUCCUAAUGUGCCAUUUUGCUCAUUAUCUCUUAUGUUGGGCAUUGGACCCACGGUGUCGGAUGUAAAUAAAAGACCAUUUGACCAUCAUUUCCUUACCUUCAUUUCACCUGAGCUGCUACAAAAUUACCUCAAGUUGAGAGAUGGACUGUUGAACGGGGCAGGAUCAUUACUCUGUAUCCUUUGUUUGCAUAGUUGAACUGUUUGUGCAUAGCUUUCCCUAUUCUUCCGGUGCACUUCCCAGCUGCACUGUAGCCUUUGCUUUUUCACAGGACACAAGUGUGAUAGCAGUGGACGAAGAACAAAGCGAGGAGAACAGUGCACAUGGACUUGGUCAGACCAUGAGAAACAGAAGACCUCCAGCACAUUUCAAAUAAUUUGUUAUACAAGGUGUUCCAGCACCUCCAAGUCCGAGUCCAUGGUUCUCGCCCGGAAAAGGGUGGAGUGCCAUCUCCGGGUUGGGGAGGAGACCCUGCCCCAGGUGGAGGAGUUCAAGUACC